AAUUCUGCAAGUGGUUCUAAUUUACUAUCUCUGUUCUCUAGCUGGUCUAAAACCGCUUUUGACCUAAAGGGAUGUUUUUGGACGCCAUGGACUUUUCUCAGUUUCCAGGCAGAAAGAACAGUAAAAAUGCAGGCAGGGCACAGGACAAAGCACUAGGGACAAAAUGUAUGUGAAAUGGUUUGAUACAUGAAUGUCACUUUUAAAAUUUUAAAAUUUCCCGCCAGUUCCAUCCCUGAACGUCCUGACGUUCUGACAUCCCGAAGCGGAACCCCCGGAAGACAGAUGCUGGCAUCGGCCGGAGGACAUUGCCAGGGACACUGCAGGGAGGACAU